AUGGCUACACAAGUACCGGGCUUGUCCGAAGCUCACUACUUGGGCUACUUCAUGAAUGGGUUGAUCGACAUUAUCCGAAGCGGUCUUCGAAUCCAUGACCUCGGUAAUCCGUCCAAAGCUAUGGACUUGGCAAGAUUCAUUGAAUCGGAUUUUCUCCUAGGGGAUAUGUCCCGUCCCGAUCUAUUCCUACAAGGUACACGGGUUCUCCGCCUUAUUCUUCCACUUUCUCAUAUCCGCAUUAACCUUCUCCUCGUCCAUAGGUUAGCUCUAUGGGAGAACAUCAAACUCGUCCACCGGAUUGCACCCAAACGGCCAUGA